UUUUCACCUUAUUUCAUAUUGAAAAUUUUUGGGAAAAAGUCUUCAUAAAAUUCUUCAAACAAAAUUGUUAAAUCUAUUUUGGAAAAUCUCUGUAAUUCAAUAAAAAAAAAAAACCUAAAGUGUGAGCGCGCUUAGAUCUGUACAAAAAUAAUUUUUUUUGCAAAAAAUUUAACGAAACUUCCACGCUGUUCGUUGACUUCCCAACUGCCGGAGUACUCUUUUCGAGGCGAAACUUUUGCAAUUUUAAAUAAGUCCUUAGAUCAUAAAACCAAAAUGCAACGGAGACAACGUGUAGUCGUAAUAGUGGAUGAGGAUGUACGCGGUGGCGACACCGGGGAAUUCCGCAACGUGCUGGAUCUCUCGAUGAACUCAACUAUGUCGGCGAAUAGAGGCACCAAGUCAUCCACGUACGCUAAAUGGGCAUCGCACGCGCACACACAGCCACUGCGUUUCGACUGUGUGGGCACAGCGCGAAACUCGUUUGUACGUGCGGAGUUCGCUAUGCUCAUGGAUGAGCUCUUUCUGAAUAAGUCCAGUUGCUGUUUGCUGCAGUUCUUUCCGUUACGCGAAUGCCAGCUCUCCUUCCUAUGCAAUCUGCUCGUCUCCGAGGUGGAUAAACGUAUGAUGACCUUGCGCGCUAAAUUGAUUGCUAUUAAGGUUGAAUAUUUUGAUUUACGCAAAUAUGACGUCAUCAAUUUUCUUGGCGACAACCAACCACAUGCAACCGUAAAGAGCAAACGUAAGUCACAGCCGCAAAACCUAUUCCAUACAACCUUGGACCUAUUGCGUUGGCUGCAAACUAGAUACUUACAGCUUUUCGCCAAAGGUCAGGGUACAGAGAAUAUGGACUUGGAGUUCACUUUCUGCGACACGCAAAGCCGUGUGCACACUGUGCGUCUAUCCAUCAUGAACGUCUAUCUCUGUCAUAUGGAUAGUGAUACGAAGACGUGCUUGCGUAAUUGUUUUGAGAAUAUACGCAGUGCGAAGAGAGGACGCAAGAGUGUUGUGCUUACCGAUUGUCUGAGAGAAAUAUUGGGUCCGAAGGAUAAUUGGUAUACUUGGUUUAUUUUCCAUGUGCCGAUAGCGAAGGGUCGUGGCAUAAUAAUCGAUGACCAAUUGAACUUGGCAAGCUCGGCGUACGCCGGCAUCAAUGCCAAGGAUUCAACAGAAGAUAUCAAAGCAACGAAUGAUUUCGAAAUGAGCAGUCUGUUGUCGUUUUUGGAUAUAACAUGUGGCAGCCAAGUGACACUCAACUCGCGGCUGAGUGCGAAUGAUCGUGAUGCGCCGUCCGCAAUAAGUAUGGCACAAAAUAGUCCAACAUUUAAUGCCGCUAAUUCAGCACGUACCAAUAGAUUUGCGAACAGGACCAACAAUCAGUCGAGUAAUUUGAGUACUUGGUACUCGAAGAUGGAUCAGCUGGUGCCCGCGGUGCUGCGUCACAUCCAUAGCUUAUACGAAUACAAGUAUCACACAAAUAUACGCAAAAUUUGCACCGAACUGAAAAAUAUGUUAAGCUUCGGCUCAAUACGGCCGAUUCUGUGCUACGGCAAUACGAAUCGCCCUUCCGAACGGUCGGAAUCUUUGGAGCGAUGCGAAAGAAAUUACAAAAUAAUUAUGAAGGAAUUUGUACGUUUGGCCAAGGAUAUUGAAAACUCGCCAGACAGCGCAAUGCUGCGUGUCUAUCUUGAGGCGAAGAAGAAGGAAAUCAAAGAUUAUGCGACAAGCUGUAAGCUGCGCCAUUUAGAGACCUGCCAGAAUUGUUUGAUUGAAACGAUUAAGACCGAAAGGAAUAUGUUGACGAAGAAUGGAGCGAGUGGCGAGUUCGCUAAACCGUUACAUUUGAAAACUCCAAUAACGGGCAGUGCUUAGUUUGGCGUGUCUUCAACGGUGCCAAAACCACAAUUUUUCCUUUAGUAAAGUGUAUUUGUAUUUUGGUGAUGUCUUCUGGCCUGAGAGAGAAGGCUCACAACCAAAAUUCAAUUAACAUUUGCUGUCUAAUUUGUUAGCACUUCGAAUGCGGCUCUUCGGUUCACGACUAAAAAAAUGGCAAAAAUUUGGAAUAAUAAAAUUCGUUUAUCGGAAUUGUUUGUGAUUGAACUGAAAAUA